AUGAAGCCAGCCUUUAUCGCCGUCCUCUCUGCGAUUCCUUCUGCUACGGCGCUGGGAACAGUUGAGCCCAGGCAAGACGCCACAAACUCGUCUUGUAUACAGGCGUGUUCCCGCCUGGCUCGCAAUACUGACUACCGUACGCACUUCCCCGGAAAUGGCAACCUUGAAGUCUGGGAUGCCAAACAACAAGAGGUUCGGUCCGCUUGCCGCGUUCAACCUACAUCUACCGACGAUGUUGCAGACAUUCUGAGCGUAGUCCUAGAUACGUCUUGCAAUUUUGCAGUCAAGAGCGGCGGACAUGCACGGUACCCCGAUGACUCCGUCUCCGUUGGAGGGGUCACGAUUGACCUGCAAAGAAUGAGGUCCACGGAGGUUUCCCCGGAUCGGAAGUCCGUCAGACUAGGUGCCGGCCAUGUUCUGUACAGCAUGUUCACGGAUCUCGAGAGACAUAAUCUGACUACAGUUGGAGGCAGAGCCGCCGAUGUUGGUAUUGGUGGAUUUGUUCUCGGAGGCGGAUUUUCACAUCUCUCGCCCGUAUACGGCCUGGCGAAGGAUAACGUCUUUCAGUAUGAGAUUGUCCUCCCCAAUGCCACAGUGGCAAUUGUGAAUGAACGUACCCAACCCGAUCUCUACUUUGCUCUUCGCGGGGGGAUGAACAAUUUCGGCAUCGUAACAUACUUUACGAUGAGGGCGGUCGAACAGGGCCAGAUCUACUCCGGGGAAAAUACCUACAAAGCAGACCAGAAAACCGCUAUCACAGAGCAGGCCUACGAGCUUACAACCCGCUUCAAAAAUGAUACCGCGAUGUCUUUCUACUACGGUUUCGGUUAUAACCAGGAGACGGAUGAAUACGAUAUCUCAGUAACCCAGACAUAUGCCCAGCCGAUACUUGAUCCGCCAGUCUUUCGGGAGCUCAACCAAAUUCCGUCUGAAUCUAGCACGGUCCGGGUCGACUGGCUGACCGAGUUUAGUAAGGAGGUGGCUUCGGCAACGCCUCCCGGUGGUCGAAAUCUGUUCGCGACCGUGACGUAUAGUCCGUCCGCGGAGCUGGACCGGGAAAUCCAGGAUAUUAUGGCCGAAGAACUCCAGUCAGUCAAGGGAGCUCCAGGAUUCUUCCCGAAUCUUGUUAUCCAGCCAUUAUAUGAAGGCGCCAUCCGCGCUGGGAAGCAGCGAGGUGGGAGUGCUGGUGGUACAGAUGCCGAUGGCCCACUUACAGUCGUUCUAUUGACCACACUGUGGAAUGAGGUUGCCGACGACGACGCCAUGGCUACUUUUGUGAACAGAUGGGUUGAGAGAUCUGAGGCUGCCACCAGAGAUGCCGGGAAAUACCACCCUUGGCGCUAUAUCAACUACGCAAGUAAGGAGCAAGAUCCAUUUGCGGGGUAUGGGGAGGAAAGUCUGCAGCGGCUCAGGAGCAUCCAGGCGAGCAUUGACCCUAACGGUGUGUUCAGCUCAACCGGACUGUGCAGGGGGACCGUUGAAGCCUCUUCAAGUAACAUGGACGACGGAACCAUGCACGAGCUUUAUAUGUGGCCAUUUGCUGACAUUGUUCACGCUGGAGCUGCAAGUGUUAUGUGCUCCUAUCAGCGACUUAACAACAGCUACUUGUGUCAUAACAGCAAAGCACUCAAUGGCCUUCUGAAAACAGAGCUCAGCUUUCAGGGGUUCGUUGUGAGUGACUGGUGUGCUGGUGGAGUGCCCAGCACACCGGUAUUGCAAGUGCCCUGGCUGGCCUGGACAUGGUCAUGCCUGAUGCAAACAAAUACUGGGGUGCCAAAAUUACCGAAGCAGUUCGCAAUGGAUCUGUGCCAGAGUCACAUAUUACCGAAAUGGCUACUAGAAUUAUGGCUGCCUGGUACCUCUCUGGCCAAGCUAACCCAGAUCUCCCGCCUGUCGCUGUUGGGAUUCCAGGUAUUGGAGGCCCAUGUACGCCGCGAUAGAACACAGUUAUUCUGGGACUUUGAUGGUACGGCGCGAAUGAAUUCAAAAGCAGAUGCAUGCCUCAUUUUUAUUAACGCGGCAGCGUCUGAGGGUGUGGAUCGACCGGCUUUGCGCGACGAUUAUUCAGAUGGAUUAGUCUUGGGCAUUGCUUCACGAUGCAACAACACCAUGGUUAUCAUACAUAAUGCCGGUGUUCGCAUGAUUGAUCAAUGGAUUGAACAUCCAAAUAUUACGGCAGUGAUAUUCGCACAUCUGCCCGGUCAGGACUCUGGAGAGGCCAUCACCAAGAUUUUAUAUGGUGAUGUGGGCCCAAUUGGAAAGCUUCCUUAUUCAUUACCUCGCAAUGAUUCAGAUUAUGGGUCGCUUCUUUCUCCAGUGACUUCUACAGGCUGGGACCAUUAUUUCCCCCAGGAUAACUUUACUGAAGGUGUUUUUAUUGACUACCGAGCAUUUGACAUGAACGGUAUCACGCCGCGGCUUGAACUCGGGUAUGGCAUGACAUACACGACAUUUAGGUAUUCAAAUCUUACAGUUCACAAGUCCGGUAAUCUAUUCGAUCUCUCAGAGUAUCCUAUUGGGCCUGUGAUUCCAGGUGGCAGUGCCGACCUUUGGGAAACUAAAGUGGCUGUCACAGCUGACAUUACAAAUACCGGUCAAAUGGUGGCCGCAGAGGCCGCACAGCUAUAUAUCCAAAUUCCUGCCGAGGAUCAGCUUAUUUUACAGUUGCGAGGGUUUGAGAAGGUGAAUGUCCCUCCCGGCGAGACGAGGACUAUCUCCUUCAACAUCAGGCGUCGUGAUCUUAGUAUUUGGGAUGUGGCUGCGCAGAAGUGGAAACUCAUUCUGGGGGCCCAGUAUCCUGUUUUUGUUGGGACCAGCUCCCGGAAAUUGAUGCUAAACGGGACGUUGGAGCUAUAA